GACGUGCCCGUGACGUGUUUAAAGGGUGGUGUAAAUAAUUAAAUCGUAGCACGAAAGAGAAACAGGCAGGCAGGCGUGUAGAAACAAUUUCUUACUUCAGGAGAGAGACAAGGAAAAGAAGGAGAGAUAGAAAGGGAAACACAUGGAGACCACAUCCAGAACCCCAACAAACUUCUCCUGGGUGGAGGGUAAUAGAGUGGCAGCACUGGCAUGGCCUUCUACACCAGAUCAUUACUGCUUCUUACUGCACCACGGGAUUAAACACCUGGUGUGUUUGUGUGAAUCCAAACCGCCCAACUAUCAGAGCUGUCCGGAUCUCAAACUGCACCACAUCCCCAUGGUGGACUUCACUCCGCCGAGUCUGAGUCAGAUUCAGACCUUCAUCUCUAUCACUGAACACACCAACACAGGACAGGCAGUCGCGGUCCACUGUAAACACGGCCUGGGACGCACGGGAACCAUGCUAGCCUGCUACCUGGUGAAGACGAGGAAGAUCUCGGGAGCUGAGGCCAUCGAAACCAUCCGAUGUCUUCGCCCAGGAUCCAUAGAGACCCGCGAGCAGGAGAGAGCGGUCCUGGAGUUUGAGCAGUUCCUCCAUUCAAAUACUCUCCUCUAAAUAGCCCUGGGAAAACACCACCAUCUAAACAUUCUCCUUUAAACAGCACUCUGUAAACACCACCCUGUAAACAUUCUCCUCUAACAACCACCCUCUAAACACCACCAUUUGUAAUCACCAUUUUGAUCAGUGAUCAAUUUCUACCAUGAUAGCUAAAAUUAUUGAUGGGGAGAAAAGCUAGCAUACAUAAAACUAAAUUAAUACAAGGCAGAAAUUGUGGAUAACGAAAAUGGUCAAAAAUAUCUGCGUUUUGACUGAAAAAAAACCCCAAAACAAGUAUAUUACAGGCUGGACAUUUGCGAUGUCGCAAUAUUAAAAAUGAACCAUAGGUUUAAUGAUGAUGAUGAUGAUUAGUUGGACCUCUCUAUCAGGUCUGAUACUCGUCCUUCUCACUGCUCUGAACGUCAGCAAACAUGAACCAAAUCCUUGUGUCUGUAUUACAGGUUUUUCAGAAGCUUACACUCAGGGUGUGUCAGUGAAACACAUGCUGUUUCUAUGACAACAUUGUGUACAAAUACUGUAUAACCUCAGUCAUGUUUGUGUGUGUUUUAUCUGUUGUCAUUGUACGAGUGUAAAAAUAACUUCCCAUCGACACCCUCCGUACCGACAGGCGGGUGCUUAUAAUGCUACAUAAGCGUCGCAACACCUUUAUGGCAGCACAGACAUCAGACUGGAUUCUGAUUGGUCAGAUGACUCAUUCCUAUAGGUUAUCGUUUCCAUAGCAACAGCUAACAGGCACUGUUUAUGUGGAUGUUAUAGAAUAUUAAAUGCAAGUUAACGGAUUAAAAAAAAAUGGAAAAAAAUUGUAUUAUGAAAAGUACAUUGUAAUUAAAAAAAAUAAAACCUUGAUGGCGAGAGUAACUCGGCAUCAUGUCGGAUCACACGGCGCAUUCGAGUCGUGUACAAAGGUCGUAAUUCCGAAUAGGAAACUUUAAGACAAGAGUUUUGAGUCAGUAAAAAAAACAGGGUGGAGGAAACUCCCGAGGCACGGGGAGAACAUGCAAACACAAGGUGGAGGCGAGAAUCGAACCACUAAGCCACCGUGCCCCCUCCCAUACAAAUGCACUGUAUAAAUCAAGAUUGACUUUUUUUUUUUGUAAAAUCUGAAUUUAUUUAUGAUUUACAAAAAGCCUAACAUGUAACAACCAUUAAAAUGAAAAUCAGAAACUUUUCCUGAA